AUGUUUGAAGCCGAAGCUCCGCCAUCCUGGUGGCAAGAAAGUACCGCAUAUGCGUGCUUUCUUAAAAAUCGCACGCCAACAUAUAUUAAUGGGAAGCUAAUUACACCGUAUGAAGCCUUUUAUGGAAAGAAGCCAAACAUUGUCACAUUGUACAAGUUCGGAGCACCGGUCCAGAUACUCGACCAAUCAGGAUCGCGCGGUAAAUUAGACCCAAAGACAAAGCCAGCUUGUUUUGUGGGCAUUGCCAAGAACCAAGGCAAUAGCUACCAAUACAUAUUAGAUGGCGGCCGACAAGUACUACAUUCACGGAAUGUAUACUUCCCGAAAGAUGCCGAUACUAUGCUUAAGCCGCAAGAGUUGAUGGAAGAGGAUUGGAUCUCUACCAGAGAUAUCAAACAUUGGGGUGAUCUAUACGACCCAUCUGAGGAUCUAACCCCGAAUCCAUACGAAGUAACAACAGAAAGAGCGUAUAUACCCACAAAAUCUAUUGUUCAACCCUCAAAACCCACGUCGCCGAAGAAAUCGCAACGCAUACAGCCUCCUAACUUUGAGAUACCUCACUCAGAGCUCAAAGUUGACCCAGAAAUCAAUAUAAAACCAACAAAAAUUGAGGAUGUUGAACCCAUUGCUCCAAGUCCCCUUACUUUGAAUCUUACUGCUCCAUUAUCUUACCCUUCAAUGUCUACUACUCAACCCACUCGUCUCAACCCCGUUCCAAUUGGUUUGGACAAUGUAGACUCUGGCAAGCGUCCCGAGCAGAUCGGAUGCCUCGUCGCCAAACUACAAGGCAUGAACCUCGAGGGCGAUCAACAAUAUUGUGAAAAUUCUAUUAAUUCAGACGAUGAAAUGUCCGACACUGAUAGCGAUAGUUCCGACAGCGAAAUGGUUCUAUACCCUAAAGAAAGCCCUGAAACACCCACUGAAGAGGCAUUCAGCGUCACCGAAUGGCAUAAGUCGACCCGCGAACUAGUUACAUUGAUGCAAAAGACUCAUGAAUUCGUCCCUAUCUAUGAUAUUGGGAACGAAAAGCCAUCCUUCGUCGGACGUAUUGUCCCCGCUCGCUCUCGCGGCGUUAUCCCCACUCUUCCCAUUAGCUAUCUUCGUCGUCGCGCGUCUCCUUAUGACCGCAUACAUUCACCAAAAACCGACAUAAACUCAAUUUUUGACGAUAUUCGCCCCUUCAUCAAUCCUGUGCGACCCGAAUUCGGCGCUGAGGUGUUUAAUUACGCUUCUAAUCUUACAAUGCCAUUACCCAAUAUUACCCAUGAAACUUUCCUACUCGGCGCCGAAGGGCAAAGCGCGAUCCCAACUACAUUUGAGGAAGCGCGCUCUGGGCCCGACUGGCUACUCUGGAUGCCCGCAUACAACAAGGAAAUCGACACCUUUUGGGCAAAAGGCGUCUGGAGCUUCUCUCACCGCCCCGACGACGAUUCACUAGUCGUUGAUUCACGCCUGGUAUUCACUCUUAAGCACAAUGAGCAAGGGAGACCGCAUACAUACAAGGUUCGAAUCGUCGCGAAAGGUUUCACGCAGCAGCCCGGUAAAAACUACAACUUUACCAACUCACCCACUCCGUCUCUUGACAUUAUUUGCACUACAAUGGCUACUGCUGUAAAAGAGAACCUCAAAAUUCAUCAAAUUGACGUUCAAUCGGCAUUUCUUAACGCGCCGCUCGAUGAAGAAAUCUACAUGGAAAUGCCCCCUGGCUACAAACACCCUGAUCACCCGCGUGAUAAGUUUGUAAUGCGCCUUCAUAAGGCCGUUUAUGGGCUUAAACAGUCGCCUUGA